AUGAGCUUCGCUCACGACGAAGAAAAUGGCCCCGGCCGCACCGGUCGCCAUGGCAGUGUCUCUGUCUAUGCCAGCAACAUGGGCGCGCCUGGCUUCGACACCUCUCGCAGGAGGUCCUCCAUUGUCCCUGCUGGGGUAGUCGGAGCCACACAAGGCGAGGCUGUCUUCAACCAAAAGGAUGAGACCCUUCGAAAGAUGUCCGUCGCCGUCCCCAACUUGGCUGAGCUCUCUGCGGAUGCCAAGGCAGCUGCAGACCUCGAGACCAGCAUGGGUUUCCGCGAGGGCGCCAAACUGUACCCCAAAGCUAUGAUGUUCUCCUUCUGCCUUUCGCUGGCUGUCAUCAUGGAGGGUUAUGACACCUACCUCCUCGGAAACUUCUACGGCAACCAGUCUUUUGCAAGGAAAUUUGGUGAGCCAGGCCCCAUCAAGGAUGGCGUUCAGACAUACGAAGUCACUCCCACAUGGCAGACUGCUCUCGGUAACGGUACCGCAGCUGCUCAGAUCAUCGGUCUUUUCUUGAACGGUAUCAUUUCGGAGCGCAUUGGCUACCGCUGGACCAUGAUCGGCUCUCUUCUUUUCAUCACCGGCACCAUUUUCAUCACCUUUUUUGCAGUCAAUGUCCAGAUGCUACUCGCUGGAUACAUCCUCUCAGGUCUGCCAUGGGGUGUUUUCCAGACACUCACAACCACUUAUGCCGCUGAAGUCACUCCUGUCCCUCUCCGACCAUACCUUACCACCUACGUCAACCUUUGCUGGGUGAUCGGCCAAUUGAUCGCCGCCGGUGUCCUCAAGGGCUUUGUCAACGUCAGCGGCGAAUGGGCCUAUCGUAUUCCUUAUGCUAUACAAUGGAUUUGGCCUCUACCUAUUGCGAUUACUGCCUUCCUGGCCCCAGAAUCUCCAUGGUGGUUGGUCCGACAUGGCAAACUUGACCAAGCUCGCGCAGCUCUCCUCAGGCUUACCUCGAAGAAAAAUACUCAAUUCAACGUCGAGGAUACCUUGGCCAUGAUGAUCCACACCAACGAACUAGAAAUUCAGCAAACUGCUGGGACCAGUUAUCUUGAUUGCUUCAAGGGAGUUGAUCUCCGAAGAACCGAGGUCACUUGUAUUACUUGGCUCAUUCAGCAAACGUCCGGCUCUCCUAUGAUCGGUUGGGGCACCUACUUCAUGAUUCAGGCCGGUCUAUCUCCUGAUAACGCCUAUUCCCUAGGCGUGGGCCAGAGUGCUAUGGGUUUCAUGGGUACCGUUCUAUCCUGGUUCCUCAUGCCCCACUUCGGUCGUCGCACACUGUAUCUCUAUGGUCAAGUCGGCAUGUUCAUCAUUUUGAUGAUCAUCGGCGGCUUGGGAGUUCCUGAGCUUUCAACCUCGGUCGGCUGGGCAUCUGGCGCCUUGAUUCUCAUCCUGACUUUCGUCUACGACUUUACAGUCGGACCUGUGUGCUACUCUUUGGUUGCUGAGCUUCCAUCCACCCGUCUGAGAAUCAAGACUGUUGUGCUCUCACGAAAUGUGUACAACUGCAUGGGCAUUGUCGUCGGAACACUCCAGCCUCGCAUGAUGAACCCCACCGCCUGGAACUGGCGUGGCAAGACCUGCUUCUUCUGGGGCGGUCUCAAUCUGCUGGGUCUGAUCUGGACCUAUUUCCGUCUUCCUGAACCCAAGGGCCUUACCUAUGCCGAGCUUGACGUCCUGUUCGAGAACCAUGUCUCUGCACGCAAAUUCAAGUCAGUUAAGGUUGAUCCUUACCGCUCUGACAAUCUGGUGAUCAUCCCCGAUGAUGAGGUCAGUUCCCAUGAGCACGGAGAGAAAAAGGGUUUCUAA